AUGCCACCCCUGUUUCCUCCCAAGAACUCUGUGGAGGGAACAUAUGUGGAUAUGACCAGUUCUGCUGUGGAGCGCAGCACAAUCUACCUCAAAAGUGUUUCCCUAAGGGAUAGCCAACCAAAGUGUUAUGCUCAAUCAAGUGCAGUCUCCACUGGCUCCACCGUUGCCACGACUACAGUCUCAACUGCAUCGACUGUAGCGUCAACAAUUGCAUCUCAAACUGCAUCGACCGUAGCCUCGACCUCAGUCUCAACUGCAUCGACCGUAGCUUCAACAGUUGCAACCCUAACCGGUUCCCAAACCGUGUCAUCAUCAGGUGUUAGCGUAUCUGCCUCGACUACUGUCACAACAACAGCCACAACUACCAACUCGCAGUCGACCAUUACUGCAACAACGACCUACUCCACCACAGUGACCAGUGGAGCAGUCUCUUCCACAGUUGCCUCGACAACUGCUUCGACCACUGCCUCGACAACUGCUUCGACCACUAGGACCCCUACCUCAACCAUCACGCAGACCACUACCGCCACUACCAUUGCGUCAACAACUGCUGGUGUACACCCAACAACAUCUACCGUUGCUUCUACCUCUGCCUCGACCACUGCUACUACCACUAGGACCCCUACCUCUACCAUCACGCAGACAACUACCGCAACUACAAUUGCAACCACAACUGCUCCGCCAACAACAUCAACAACAGUUAUCCCAUCCACUGUUGCCUCGACCACUGCUUCAACCACUGCUUCGACCACUAGGACCCCUACCUCUACCAUCACGCAGACCACUACCGCAACAACUAUUGCAACGACAACUUCGGUUCCACCUUCUACCGUUGCAUCCACCACUGCCUCUACCACCGCGUCUACCACAAGGACCCCGACCUCAACAAUCACCCAAACUACUACUGCUACCACCACAGUGACAACUGGUUCUGUACCACCUACCUCCACUGUUGCCUCUACCGUUGCAUCAACCACUAUGACCCCCACCUCUACUACCACUGCUUCCACCGUUGCCACUACCACUGUUAGUCCCAGCACCACAUCCUCAAAACUGUACAGUGCAUCUGGAUACGUCAAUGAUCAGAACAGUGGAGGUGGUAAUUACAUUGCAGGCCUGGAGGUCAAUCUUACUUCAAGUGAUGGAACCGUUCUCAGGACUACCAAAUCAACUGGUGACAAUGAUGGAUGGAGGUUUGAUGACCUCGCUCCAGGUGACUACUGUGUCACCAUUCAAGAUAACCCAGAUGAGUUGUGGCAAGUGAAGCAGAGAGAUGUCUCUGGCCAAGUGUCUGCCCAACCCAUCUCUGGAACGGUCAACGACAUUGGAAAGAAGUGCUUCACAAUCACAGACAAGAAUGCCCGCAUAAACACCUACGUCCAGAAGCGCACAACCUACAAGGCAACUGGAUACGUCAAUGAUGGUCAGGCUGGAGGUGGCAAAUACAUUGCUGGCUUGGAGGUUAAUCUCACAACUAGUGAUGGUAAGGUCCUCCAGACCACCAAGUCGACUGGUGACAAUGCUGGAUGGAAACUCAACACCUGGGUCGAGAAGCGCAAGACCUACAAGGCGUCUGGAUAUGUCAAUGAUCAAAACAGUGGAGGUGGCAAAUACAUUGCAGGCUUGGAUGUAACUCUUACAUCAAGUGAUGGAACCGUUCUCAAUACAACAAAGUCAACUGGUGACAAUGCUGGAUGGAAGUUUGAGGGUCUUGCUCCAGGUGACUACUGUGUGACCCUUAAGGACCCCGCUGGAGUGUACAAAGUGAAGCAGAGAGAUAUGCCAGCUCAAGUCAGUAUUCAGCCAGAGUCUGGAGCUAUCAACGACGUUGGAAAGAAGUGCUUCACAAUAGCUGACAAGAACGCCAGAAUCAACGCGUUUGUGGGUACAACUACAACACCAGUCGAAAAGACGUACAAGGUCACAGGAUACGUCAAUGAUGGAGAGACUGGAGGUGGCAAAUACAUUGCCGGCAUCGAAGCUACGCUUACAAAGAGUGAUGGAACUGUGGUCGGAACAGCCCAAUCUACUGGUGACAAUGCUGGCUGGGCAUUCCCAAGUGUUGCUCCUGGCGACUACUGUGUCACUCUGAAGGACCCCAAGGGUGAAUACCAAGUGAAGCAGAGAAAUAUGCCAGACCAAAUCAGUAUCCAACCAGAGUCCGGAGCUAUCAACGAUGUUGGAAAGUAUUGCUUCACCGUUAAUGACAAGGACGUUCGUGCCAAUGCUUGGGUGGCUGCAAAGAAGACGUACAAGGUCUCAGGAUACGUCAAUGAUGGAGAGGCUGGAGGUGGCAAAUACAUUGCCGGUAUCGAAGCCACCCUUGCAAAGAGCGAUGGAACAGUGAUGGGAACAGCCCAAUCAACUGGUGACAAUGCUGGCUGGGCAUUCCCAAGUGUUGCUCCUGGCGACUACUGUGUCACUCUGAAGGACCCCAACGGAGUAUACCAAGUCAAGCAGAGAAGUGUGGCCAACCAAAUCAGUAUGCCACCAGAGUCCGGAGCUAUCAACGAUGUUGGAAAGUAUUGUUUCACCCUCAAGGACAAGGACGUUCGUGUCAACGCUUGGGUGGUUAAGAAAUAA